GCUUAACUUGUUCCGAGUAAUUUCAUUGACGAGUCUUUGUAAUUUUUAAAUCUUGAGAUAAUGGUGACAAUUAUGAAGGUAAAAUACAAUAAUUUAUUCUUUAAAACAAUAAUAAAGACCUUAAUAGUGUAUAUAAAGUCUUACAAAGAACUUUUGCAGAUUGAUAUCUGAAAGAAGACAUGGAGGAGACGAGCGAGAGUCUUGCCUGCAGGUUAGAGAAAUACAAACUCAUAGAGACAUCGACCAUCGACACAGCAGUGAGUUAUCGACGCCUGAUAUUGGAUUUUGACGAAGAUUUGCUUAACAGGAGACGGGAGCUCGCAACUGCCUUUAAUUCCUUCGUCUGGCCGGUCUUUGAACCGAUCGAAAAUUCCUUCGACUGGCCCGUAUACUCAGUUUUCCUCGACCCCGAAGAUCUUCUUCUCGGAGAAGUUUGUGAAGAGCCACGGACACCUCUUAUUAAGACUCGAAAGAUACGAGAUCCUCCUCCUCGAGUAUCUCGUAGAUCAUCACAAGUAUCUAGACCGAUUUAUCUCCGCCAUAGAUUUCUCCCACAGUCAAGGAAACAGUCUUCUUCUUCUCGACGCCAACGUUAGUCUUAUAAUUAAGCACUCUCAUUUUAAAUUUAUCCACGAAUUGAAUAUGUUUGUGUGUGUUGUAAAUAUUCUAAUAAUUGGAUGUUUAUGAAUAAGCCUAAAGGCACUGCUUGAUGUUUAUAUGGAAUGGUUAUUGAACAAAUCAUGCGAUUGUA